AAUUCCUUAAUUAAGUCCUUGCUUAACGAUUUAAGUUCAAAAUCCGGCUGAAAUAUUAGUUAAAAGUAGCAUUGUGUAACGCACUCCUACGACCUAAGCUUAUCUUAUCCGCCAAGUAAUAGAUGGCAGGUUAAUAGUUCUCUGUUGUGAUCAUAGCUUGAAUAUAGAGUGUAUGGAUCAAUGCAAAUACCAUCUACCAAUGCUAAUUUAUUGAGCGAGUACUACAUGGCCUAGAUCAGGGAACGUCCACUAACAUGAGCUCUCUGGUCAAGGUUUUCUUGCUUUAUUUGGUCCAGGCUUUGAUUCCCAGGGCUUUGGUAUAUGGCGUGACCAAUGCUGUCACGCUAUCAUGUCACUCGUCACAUAUGUCUGUUCAAGUCGAUUUGAAAUAUUUCCAAUGGCUCGAUCCACAAUCGUUGCAUUUAAGACACCAAUCUUGCAGUUCCAAUCGUUAUAACAAGACUAGUGCAUCAUUCGUCGUUCCCCUUGAUGGAUGUGGCACACGACGAAGGACUCACAAAGACUUAUUUAUUUACACGAAUGCUGUUAGUAACUCCAAUCGGAAUUCAUCGUUCAUCAGUCGUGUGCCGUAUAUACGCAUGCCAUUUCAUUGCAUAUAUCAUAGAAGAUAUUCAUUCAUGUUGACGACUGGUACUGCCUCGAAAAGAAAUAUCGCAAAGAAAAUCAAGAACCCAGAGAAAAAAGAGAUUUUAUUUCAAGAAAAAAAUGGACAUGGAAUUUCAGCCGAUUCAAACGCAGAUUCACUACAUCGCAUCUCCGUGAGCAUUCUCUGGAUUACAUCAAUGGGAACGUUUACACUUUCUGUUUCAACGUUAUCAUAGAAGAAAACCUAACUACAGGAAAAAACUGGGUCAAGAGGCAUUGCAGUGCAUUCUGGGGCUGAUUUAAGGGACAUAUUUCUAAGAUGGAGGCUAUAUUUCGGCCCCCAAUUAAACAGUCCCACAAUGCACUGCAAGGCCAACUCGAUCUAGUUUUUUCCUAAACUUUGAAUAGCUGCUAUCAGUAUUUUUUCAAUUGUUAUUGUUUUGUUGUUUAAAAAAACACAUAUGGUACUUCUUCAAAAUCCUUAACAUCAUUCCGCGUUUUCAAUAACAUUUAUGCCAAAAGGAGCCAAAGUAGAUAUUUAAUUUUGUCAGUCCUCGGAAUUUUUUUCAUCCAAUUAUUUCCAAAUUUGACAGCAUGUAGUCCUAUUACCUAUACUAAUUCGCGUUCCUAAACUCCGAUUCUGUCAUCGUUGCUCGUCUUGUACGUUCCGAUCUAGCUCGUACCGCUCUGAACGAGUUACAUGAUUGGAUUAAAAAACAAUAGAUUGGUCUUCCAAACAAUAGCACUAAACCUAACCUUACAAAAGCGGUACUGUACUUAGGGAGCAAUGAAAAUCCAGCUUUCGAGCAGUAUACUGGAUUACUCCUUGUUCCAAGUGUCGUCAAUGAACAUCAAACCCCCACCCCUGGGGAUGAUUUUUUGUCCUCUUAGAGAUUUUCUGAAUUUAGUUAUUUAAAUAUAAAAAUCUUAUCUACAAAUUCAAGAUUCUAAAAAGAUUAUUGUCUGUAAAUUAAAUUAGCUAGUUAUUUAUUAACUAUAGGGAUAGUCGGGUUUUAUAAUUAUUAGAGAUUAAAUAUUAUGUACUAAGACUUAUACCCCAUUCACACCAAGGCUUAAACAUGUUUUAAAGUGGUUUAACUAAACAGGUUUGGAAAACUAUCUACGAACACUGCACAAUAUUUAGUGAAGUAAUGCAUGUAAGCUAUCCUUUAUCUUGCUCUGACAAUAUUUUAGAAAGUUUUAUUAUAUUGUAGGUUUCUAGUUUCUCAAUUGUUUUCCUAAUGAAAACACAGUUUAACUAAACACGUUUAGGUGUGAAUAGGGUAUAAAUGUUUGGGAAUUAAAAGAACUUUGCUACUCUUUUUUGAAUGGGAAAUUAAAUCAUCUCAUUUUUCUAAAGUUAUUGGGAAUUUCUUAAAUUUUUGGAAAUAGUUAACUUGUGCUUCUAACGAUUUCAUCCAGGAUUAGAGGUAAGGUAGAGGAAAUCCCAAAGCUCUUGUCUAGAUUCUAUCACUUUUAAACUUUGGCGGUUUCCUCCUUCAACAGUGUAAUCAGUUAGUUCAAAAAAAGCGUCGAAAUGAUUCUCUCGCCAUCCCCUCAGCUGGGAAUCACACCCAGUCCUCAAAACUACCACAAACUAAAGCCGUUUGCGUGUGGUAAUAUUAGUGUACCAGAGCUGGAAAUUCAACCUAGUUCGAUAAGAAAAAAACCGUAAAAAUGUCAAGCCCUCGUUCACAGCAAGUUCAAUAAAAAAGUGAACAUCAGUAAAAUCU